AUGAACGCCGAUGACGCCCGCGAAAUGCUAGCCGGCUCGCUGGGUGGGGCGAGUGCGACGGUGGUGGAGUACCCGAUGGACACCAUCAAGGUGCGCUUGCAGGACGAUGGAAAGCGCUACGGGGGCGUCCUGCAAUGCAUCCGCACCAUUGCAAAAGAGGAGGGGCUUGUGAACGGCUUCUUCCGCGGUCUGCCCGCCCCGGUGAUUGGCGCGGCGUGCGAGAAUGCCAUUUUGUUUGUCUCGUACCGCUCGGCGAUUGAGGGGUUUCAGAAAGUCACGUAUGGCUACUGUGGCCCGUCGAACCAGGAGCCGUACCUGGCGGUAUCGGUGGCCGGCGCCACCGGCGGCAUUGUAGUUUCGCAGGUGCUCACCCCGGCGGAGCUCAUCAAGUGCAAAAUGCAAAUUCAGAACACCCUUCCCGUGGACGAACGCAUUUACAAAAACUCUCUCGACUGCGCCGCUGCCACUUACCGGCGGCGCGGCAUCCGCGGCCUCUUCCGUGGGCACAUAGCAAUGAUGGUGCGCGAGGCCGUCGGCUGUGGUCUUUACUUUUUAGUCUUCCAGUCUGUUAUCAGGCCCUUCUUGUCGGAGGGACAGAGGUUUCACGAGGCGCCGGCGUGGGUGCACUUCCUCGGCGGGGGGUGCGCCGGUGUCGCGUUCUGGACCCCAACGUACCCUGUCGAUGCAGUGAAGACGAAGCAGCAGACGAUGAAAGCGGACUAUCUGAAGCUGAAUUUCCGUCAGGCGUGCACGCGGCUGUACAAGACGGAGGGCAUGCGCGGUCUUUUCCGCGGCUACAGCGUCACUGCGGUGCGGGCCUUUCCUGGCAAUGCCAUUCUAAUAGCCGUUUAUGAGCGGGUGAACGCUCUCUGGGAGUAUUCAGCCAAGGCCACUCACAAGAAGCUGGUGUAG